AUGGAUAUUAAAUUUAUUUGGAGUGGGAGCGAUGCAAAGGCUCUUGUUUAUUACAUUACUGAUUAUGUGACAAAAAUGAGUCUUUCAUUUCAUGAUACAUUUUCUCUUGUUCAAAAAAGCAUCACAUCGCUCAAAAAUUCAUGGGAUCAGACAGACAAGGAAACUGCUAUUGAAAAGUCGCGUAAGCUCGUUCUACGCUGUUACAAUACGCUUGCUUCUCAACAAGAACUAUCGGGCGUUCAAGUUGCUUCUUAUCUCAUGAACUGGGGUGAUCAUUACACAACGCACAAAUUUCAAGGUAUCUUUUUAAUUCAAAUUGAACGAUUCUUACAAACUCAACUAAAUGAAAUGCGUGUCAAACAAAAAUCGCAACUUGUAGAACACGCAGUGGUCGACGAUGAUAUUUUUGAUGAUGACAAUAAUAACGAAGAAGAGUUUCAUAUUCAGUUGGGUGAAAAUGAUCAAAGAUAUGUACUCGUUAACACACGAAUUGAUUAUCAAUAUCGUUCUGACAGUAUCAAUAACAUGUGCUUAUACGACUUUGUCAGCAUAUUAUAUAAGAAAAAAAUGAACACAUCCGAUUUAAAAUAUUUAUUCAAGACUGCAGUAUCAAUGGAAGAAAAAGUUAGCCAAAAAGGUCGACCACCAAAUGAACGCUAUUCUUUUCAAAAGCAGCACCCUCAAAUGACAACACAUCUACUGAUGAAAUACGGUGAGCAUCAUGUACCUAUUCUUUAUGGUCCACAGAUUCCACGACGAGAUCGUGACGAUACUCGAGAACGGUACAGCCGAGCUCUUCUCACACUUUUUGUGCCGUGGCGUACUGUAUCUGAUCUUUGCAAUACCAGCCAAACAUGGGAAGAAGCAUUCAAAGUUCAACAACAUCUUAUUUCUGUACAUUCAUGGACGAUCAUAGAAAAUAUUCAGCUUUUGCACGAAUGCAAAAAAGACCGCGAUGAUCAUUUACUUCAAGUGAUUGCUGAAGCACAAACCGAAAAUGGCACUAUUGAUCCUGCUAUGUUGCCAGUAAGUCAAGAUGUUGCCGGCGAAUAUGAUGACGAUGAUAGCAAUGCUUUACUUGAGUUAUUAGGCAAUUUAGAUGAUCGCACUACUGAUCUCGCUAAUGCCUCUAGAAAAUCAACGGAAAAUACAUAUAUUGAAGAGAAUAUUCGAGCAGUCGAGAGCGUUGGACGAUUUACUAACAUGACGACACAUGUUCAAUCUUCUUUUAAUGAGUUCAUCGAUCAUACUGAUCAACAACUUGUGCCAUUCCUUUCAGCGACACCUAAUCAUGUUCUACUUAAUGGGAAAUGGCAAAAACAGUUGAAAGCAGAGAAGGAAAGAGCGAGAAGAUGGCCGAUUGCAGGUAACUAUGACAAAGACUGGGAUGGUACGCUGGACUUGGAUACUGAGAAAUGUGCUGUUGUAACUGCAAUGGAUUCGAAAAACUACGAUAUGAACAAAUUUGAAAACGGUUAUACGAUUCUUCCAGUAAUCUCAGUGACAACUAACUUGCCUACUCAGAAAAGCAUCAUUGGUGAAUUCACACUGAACAUAGAACAACGAGCUGCAUUUAUGAUAAUAACAAGUCAUCUUGAUGGUAACAGUCGAUGUCGCACAGGUGACAAUAAUGGUCAGAUCAUCAUGUGCAUACCUGGAUGCGGUGGCACAGGCAAAUCACAAUUGAUUCGUGCUCUCACCAAAUACUUUUUUAUUACAAAAAGAACGCAGAUGAUGCGGAAGCUUGCUCCCACUGGAAUUGCUGCUGCUGAAAUAGAUGGUAUGACAAUUCAUUCAUUUUUGGGCGAACAACGUAACUCUGGAAAGGCACUCACCAUUAAACCAGGUGAUUCAAAAAUCGAGAAGGAAUGGUCACUUGUCGAAUAUCUCUUAAUUGAUGAAAUAAGUAUGGUUGGUUUAACUCUACUUGCGAAACUCAACCGAAUCAUCUCUGCUGCAAAACAUGCCGAUCCUCAAGUUCCAUUUGGUGGUAUUAACGUUAUCUUUUUCGGUGACUACUUACAAUAUCGACCUGUGUAUGAUGCACCAUUGCACACCGAUUUCUCAUUAUCACCAAAAACGAAAUCCAGCAAAGGACUAAGCGAAAAACAAAUUCAACAACGUGUUGCACGCUCUCUAAUUCUUCAAAUAAACUGUGUGGUAACACUUACGCAACAGAUGCGAACACAGGAUCCGCGGUACCUUCAACUGCUCGAACGACUUCGUCAUGGGCAAUGUACUUACGAUGACUAUGAAUUAUUGUUGACACGAGUGGUUGGGCAGCCAUCAGUGGGCUCUCUAUGUGAUACACCGUGGAAUAAAGCACCGAUUCUAGUGUUUCGAAAUGAAGUACGAACACAACUGAAUCACAAGGCAGCAAUUCACAAAGCAGUGCAAUUAGGAUGCACCCCAAUGGUUUGCGUCGCCCAAGACACAUGUCUAUUGCCUCUCGUUCCUGGCAUGCCUGUUAUUUUAACACAAAAUAUUGCUAUUGAACUGGGUCUUAUCAACGGCAUGAACGGAAUCUUUCGACAAUUUGUCUAUCAAAUGGAUUCUGUAUCAAAAAAUGUUAUUUCGGAAACAUUUCCAAACAAUACGCAAUACGCGCAUCGACCUUUAUAUGCAUUGAUUGAAAUCGCGAAAUCGAAGAUUGAAUGCAACCUUGAACAACUUCAACCAAAACUCAUUCCAAUACCGGCGGUGGAACAAACAUUUCGCGUCGAUAUCAGCGAUAUCAUUCCAAAAGAUAAGAAAGCAAAAUCAAAUCGAAAAGCAAUUUUGUCAAUUAAACGUCGUGCACUACCACUUGUGCCUGCUUAUUUUAUUACGACGCAUAAGAGUCAAGGUCAAACUUUGAAUAAGUUUGUGAUUGAUUUGAAACUCCCAAAUGAAACUGAUGACAUUGCCGCAGUUUAUGUACCUUCAUCGCGUGUAAAACGUUUGACUGAUUUAGUUAUUCUGCGGUAUUUUGAUUACAAGGUUUUGCAAAUCAAGCCAAGCAAAUCUCAACUUGCCGAAAUACAAAGACUCGAUAAACUGUACUUAGAGACACAAGCGCGUUUUUUCGAAUGGUUUAAAUGA